CGCCAAAGCGAUAAUUUCGGGAGAUGGCGCGCGCCAAACCGCAUCAUGACGGAGGAAAGGACGUCGCAAAAGGGAAGGCCAAGGCGGCAUCUGCAACGACUGAAGUGCAGCAAGCCUCCGAGAAGCAUACACCCGUCAACGUGGCCCGCCGCUUGAAGACGGAACUCCAGCGACUACGAGAUAUCUCAAACAGCGAACUCGACAAGUCCGAGUCGACGGCGCUGGGGCGCGAGUUCACGUCCGAAUCGUAUCUGGAACACUCGGAUCCACAUAUACGGCUUUUAGUGGCGUCAUGUGUGACCGAGCUUCUUCGUGUGACAGCCCCUGAGACCCCGUUUUCAGAUCACGAAUUGUACGAAGUGUUCGUGUUGCUCGUGCGUGUGCUGCGCGAAACGACGAAGAACAACGAUAUUGCGUGGUUCACUUUGCUAGAGACUUUGGCAUCUGUGAAGAUGUGCAACCUUGCCGUGGGUCUCAUCCCCGACGGAGGGCAUGCCAGCAUAGACGAUGACCACCACCCCGACUCUCUCGUCAUCGACAUUUUCCGGUGUUUGUUUGAACGUAUUCAGGACGAUCACUCCGCUAAAGUUGAAGCCAAUAUGGUCAGUAUCAUGGUGGGCUGUCUCGAGGAAUGUGACGUGGUGAGUCCCGCACUCCUUGAGACAUUACUGGAGCCACUUCUGCAUGGGGACCAAAAUCCCCGCGCGUAUCACAUGGCGCAACAAGUCAUUGAAAAGGCCAGUGAUCAUUUGCAAAACGCGCUCAAUUUAUUCUUCAACAGCGUGCUUGUGGAUGCGUCCACUGCCCACGUACCCAUGACGUCCGACUUGAAAGACCACGUCCACUCGCUGAUAUAUGAGACCCACAAAAUUCAGCCAAGUCUCUUGCUAUACGUGCUUCCGAACGUUUGUUUGCAACUCCACGUCGACGACAUGGAGACGCGGUCGAACGCCAUCGCGCUUAUGGGGCGACUCUUUGCCAGUUCACACGCCGACUAUGGCGCGCAGUACCUCAAGAAUUUUCGCGAAUUCCUCGGACGGUUCCGCGACGUCAAGAAAGAGAUACGCCUCCAAAUGAUCACUGUGUGCUCAAUCGUGGCUCAGCGCAAGCCCGACCUCGCGCCCCUUAUCGACGCAGAGCUGCAAUUGCGACUCCAAGACCCUGAAUGGGACGUUCGACGUCUCGUAGUUAACGAAAUCUGCGAUUUGGCAACGCAUUCCCUCUCAAGUGUGUCGACGGCAAGUCUACGCGAGGUGGGUGAGCGCAUGAAGGACAAGAAGGUCGUGAUUCGCAAGGAAGCCAUGACCGGCCUCGCGCAAAUUUAUGCUGCUCAUGUGUCAAUAUCGUGGACUACUGGAAGCAAAGAGUUGUCCCACGUGGCGCAUCAGCUUAGCUGGAUCCCCGACUAUGUGCUCAAGUGCUUUGCGUAUCCUACACAAGAACUUCGCCUUCGCGUCGUUCAGCUCAUCGAUGACAUUUUACUGCCCAAGCAAUCGACUGAAUUGUUUCGGAUGAAAGGGUUGCUCUUCAUCUGGAAGCACUUGGACGGUGGGAGUCGUGAAGCUCUGCGACGAGUGUUUCUCGAACGCAUGCAAUGUCGCAAGAUCAUCCAGCAAUUCGUUGCCCUCAAGCAGCAGUUCCGGCAAGAGAAAACUUCCGACGCGACAAAUAGAUCGACGUUGCAACGAAGUUUGAAGGAAAUCCAACCAUUGCUACCGGAAACGGAAGGUUUGUCUGGUCUGGUGGAGAAACUCGCGACUUGGAAGGAUAUGAAGCUCGUCAAGCAUCUGGAGGUCAUGUGCUCAGCGACGUCAGACUCAACCAUUAUCCGCCAAGCCCGGGAAGACCUUGUCAAAAUGACCGGGUCCAAGACUCCCCUAGGCGACUUUAUGAAGAAUAUUUGCCGUAAGCUCGCCAUGACCACUGUGAACGCGUCAAGCGUGGGCUGUUUGUUGGAGAUCUUGAAGGAUGACCCGUCCAAAGCAUGUGCCGAAGUGCUCCAUUUGAUUGGGACCAUAUUUCCGCACUUAUUAACCAGCCACAUCGAAACGGUGGACGAGUUGCUCGUCCACACGUCACCAUCAUCGUCGCAACACCUUGUUCAGACGUGUCUGUUGGACUUGCUCGUGUCGUACGCCAAGCACGAUAAUGUUGCGGCUGCACCUCCACAGUCGCUCAAGACUGCCUUAUUGAAGCAUUGUACGAAGAGCGAUUCGCUGGAUGUGGUCAAAAAGUGUGCGCGGAUUCUAGUCAAGCUCUUUCCCGGCGAAGUUGGCAAGUUUACCAAGAAAUUGCUCCUGCCAUCGGCCGAGUUGUCGGACGGGGCAUUGCAAACGCUUGUCGUGUUUACCAAACACGUUCCCAACGUCGUUCCUGACGCCGUUGCGCUGUUUGAGCUCGUCGUGGGGUUAUUUGAUACGCCUGCGAAGAAAGGAGAGACGAAAUGCCUUGCCUUAUCGUUGCUGUGCCACUUGGUUUUGUAUCACCACGUGCCAGAUCCACGUGAAGACGAUGCAUCGGACUCCCCGACUCACUGCCGGCAUGUUCUCGACCUUAGCUUCCACUUGCUGCAGACGUCGACGACAAAAGCCACCACGCCGUUCCGCACCGUAGCCGCCACGAACCUUCUGAAACUCACACGAGUUGCUCGGUUGGAACGUCAGUUCCGGAUUGACGAAUGGCACACGUUGGGGUACGUAAUGGUUGACUCAGAUGAGAGCGUCCGCCGCGCGUUUCUGAAAAAAUUGACGGCCAACUUGCUCCGUCAUCCUGCACUCAAUCACAAAUACGUGUCGUACUUGGCGCUCGCGUCGUCUGAACCUGUGGCCGAGCUGAAGAAGGAAGCACGAACGCUGCUUCAAUCCGCGGUCCAGCGCAUGCGUCACAUGUAUGAGGCAGCUCGGUCUAAUGCAGACAACCCGGCCUGCUCUCUCAUGGUGCCAGAAUAUGUGAUUCCCUACGUUAUCCAUCUUGUGCUUCAUGCGCCUUGGGAAGGCGAGAGCACCGAAGACGUUGAAUCGGUUUUCUUUUUGCUCGAAUCGCUUGUGUCGCAUGUGGCAUCCGAAGCCGACAACAUUUCGUUCUUACUGCAAAUGUUGCAUAAACUAUCCUUGUGCCACGACGCGACGACGGAGAAGGACGAAAGUGCGAAGGACUUGUACCAGCUCAUUGAUGCAGCCACGGCGUGGUUGAAAAAACGAAUCAAGAACCAAAUCAACCUCAAGGCAUACCCGGGUCAAAUUUAUUUGCCAAAGCAACUUUUUCAACCCGGAAAGACGGCUAGCCCGAAGCCAAUAGGUCGAACCACCACAGGUGGUUUAAAAGUACAUGAUGAGGAUGACGGAAACGACAGUGUCGACGACGAGCGCGUGAAAAGAAAACGACCUAGUGCGAUCAAGACGGACAAAGUACCCAAAAAAAUAAAAGUGACGGCUUCUCCCAAGGCCAGUAAAUCCCCCGUCGUGACCCCCACCCGACGAAUGCCGGCCCGAAACGCAAAGUGCUCAGAUGUAAGUUUGGCGGAUCAAGACAGCGACGUUGACGAGGACGAGCACGAAGCAAGUCCCAGACAACACCGCCAGACUCCUCAAGCUCGAUCUGCUACUCUCAAAUCCCUUGAAAAGGCUGUCUUGAAUAUUGCCGAUGAUGACGACGAAACAAAGUCGGUUAAUGAAGCGGUAUCCGAUGACGAGACCAAGUCGAACGGGGACGCAACACAAGUCUUGUUCACUGACGAGGCUAGUGCCAUUGAGAUUGCUCAGAAGUCGCAAUCCUCAGAGUCCAUGCCAGCUGCACGCACCAGCCGCAGGGCGAGUGCCACAUCGUCUUUGUCAGUUGAUGUCUCCAAAGAGGAAAGUAGCGAUGAUGACUCAGUCGAAAAACACAAUGACAACGACGACAAAACCACAAAGAUGAAGAAACGCCGACUAGCGGGAGACCUUGCAGCACCUAAGUGCAGAUCGGCUAAACAACCGAAGCCAGUCACUCCUUCGCCGCGAAGGUCAAGUAGGGUCAAAGCUGUGAUUGAAAACACCUCGGACCUUGACGACGCUUGUGCUCUCAUCUCCAAGAAACCUGCGAGCGGCGACGACGAUGAAGAAAUGACGAGCUUUCGUCGCCAUCGACGCCGCGGUUGAGCGAAAUUUUAUCUACUCCAAUGUAAUUGCAUCUCCGUUCGAUCAUUUGCCAUGAGUGAUGCACCCAACGUCCACGGAAUGAAGGACCCAUGCCGUUCAACGCCAUGGAAUCACUCACAAGUCCAUCGCACUCGUUGUACACAAGAAUGUCUAAGAUUAACCUUGUGCGAUGACCAUUGUCAGAUGCAGCUGCUUGGCAAACACCGCAUGACCGAUCGCUUCUAUUUGAACACAAAUGUAGCCAUGAGGGGCAAGUGGUCCGAUCCAACAGAUCGGUUUGGCAGCGCGCCGCCAUCUCUAACGGCCGUCUCGUAGUCCAUGAGCGGUAGGAGCUCCUGCACUUUGACCUUGGACUUGUGGUAGAAAAUGUAGUCGAGCGUCCCCACGAAAGCGGGCUCAGUGCCCACAACAUGACCAUUCUCGUUCAUCUUGUGCACGACCCCGUUCACGUUGGUGAAACGCGGCUCGCCCGUCUCGGCAUUGUAAGUGCUGUAGGCGCUUGCAAAGCCACGACUCAAGACAUGACGGACCACGGCGCUGUCUGGGAGGGAGUUGAAGUCGCCCGCAAAGAAGACCGGAACGGAUGCAGCCGGCAACGACGUCGCGACGAACGCGUCAAUGCUAUCGAGCAUGUGCUUGGCCUGGACCAACUUGACGUCCGCUUGCGCGGGGUCCCAAAACAAAUGCGUGGACGCAACGACAAACUCCGUCGCGGGGUUCUCGAUGGAUUGGAAAUGAGCGACGAGGCCGACGUUGUCCCGGAUGACACGUCCCCGAAGGUCUUUGUCUACGACGAUAAGCAACGAGAUGGAAGGAGGUUCAAACGUGAAAAACCACGGCGACGACUCAAGUGAGGAGCA